AAGUUCAGGUGAAGGAAGUUUUCUUUAGUUUUUCCCAUUUUUCCCUCAAUGCCAUGAAAAUUUCUUCGAAUUGUAGAAAAUGAUGGAGAUUAUCGUAUUUUUCUUUGUAUUUUUUUUCCAUGGAAUCAAGAUAGUUUCUUAAUGUCUCGCGCAGUUUACCGAAAAUGUGGAGGCUGAAGACCGCGGAGGGAGGAAAUCCAUGGCUGAGAACGCUGAAUAAUAAUGUCGGAAGACAAGUUUGGGAGUUCAAUCCUGAACUCGGAUCUCCCGACGAGAAAAUGGAGAUCGACAAGGCUCACCGGGACUUCUACAACAAUCAGUUUGAGAAGAAGCACAGCGCAGAUCUACUAAUGCGAAUUCAGGUUUCCAUGUUUAACGGUUGAAUGAUUGGCUGUGAAAUUGCCUGCUCGGCCUAGAUUUUUUUUUUUUGAAUUUCUUGAUGUUUCAUAUUUACAGUCGCCUUCUUGGUUGCUCUUUUGAUUCACAGUUAUGUGAUUCUGAACUCAAGGAAAGCUAAUAGUUAAAUUCAAUUUAACAAUCAUGUUUAUAGAAAAAUUCGUUGUUUAAAAUGUUCCUACUUAUGUACUCAGCUUCUGCCUGUAGUUCUUUAGUCACUGUUUCUAUUCUGAUUCAAAUUUUGUGCGUUCCGUUCUUUCAUCCUAAAGUUGAACCUUCCGAUCUUUGGAAACACAUCCUGAAAAAAAAAAUUAUAAUGAAUGAAAAUUGUCACC